AUGGAAGUCAUUCAUGGCAGGACCUGCCAGUGCAGGGAGCUUGAGGGAGACGACCUCCUAUCAGACACCUAUUGCUCUAACGAAAUACACACACCGCUACAAACACCUGUCCGCACUACGGCCUCAGAUGACAGGUAUCAGGAAUUAAGAGAGUCAAUCCAACAAUGUAGGCUUCCCUGGGGUGCUGAUAAGGAAUAUGGUGGGAUAAUGCCUAUUUCACUCCCUGAGGAACACAAAAAAAAGUGUGAAUCUUCUUGUAUCAUGAGCAAAGGACAUCAGCAUUAUGGAUAUGGUGGAGAAAUCUGGACAAGAAAAAUGCCAAUUGAACAGUUCUAUUAUUUGACACAGAACAAAAAAAGUGACAUUUAUGGGAAUGACUCUCUGAUUCCCAAACCACCUAAUGCUACAGUAGAAGAAAUCUGCUGCCCGUAUCCAAUUCAACAUCCCUACAGCACCCACAUCUCUCGUUAUGCCAUGUUCCCAACCUUCACGUCACCCAAGGACCUCUACUCGGGCAUUAAAGCACGCUCUCAACAGCCAUUUCCCCCAACUGUACCAACAAAGCCGUAUGAUACAACAGUUUUGAAGGCAAAAGGUAAUCCUUAUAGAUACGAACUGGUUGAUUUCCCCUCAGAUUCAAAGAAGAAAGCUUUGACUUGGCCUGGUCAAUGUUUAUAUUAUGAUUUGCCUAAAUGUAUUGAGAAAAAUAAGCAAAUAUUCUACCCAAAACCUCCUAAAACCUUCGCACCUAACACUUCUUUAUGUUCAUGGGAUCCGAUUAAUUCUCUAAAAGAAGCCAACAUACAAAGAAAUCUUGAGAGGUCCCAUUGGCUCACUACGUACACUCAUGAUUUUACAGGUCUGGGGCCCAUGAACCCCCUUGAACUGGAUGAUUACCAUGAAAAAGAGGUAGCCAGCUUAACUGGACAGACAGGAUUUGACCCAGAGCCUAAAGAAAAAUUCCAUUCUACCAUAAAACCUGUCAGACCUUUAGAAGGACGAAUCGCCCGAUUAAUUAAUGAACAACGUCCUCUGGAAGCCACCAGCCAAGAAAAGCCACCUCCCUGUCCAGAUUGUACACCUACAGUUUUGUGUACUUUUCAUACCUUUAUACCCAGUUCUGAAGAAAUGAGAGCACUUAAUGACACCACACGGGCUGGAGUGACUCAUAAAAACCAGGACACAGACAGUAAGAUCAAAGAAGAACAAAACUUGCUAUCUACCUAUACAAGUCCAUCUUGUUACCCAUCAAAAGAUCUGACUGACCUUUAUAACCUAAAAAUGUUUCCAAAUGUCACUGAUACUAAAAAGACAGAUGAUUUGUACUGGAAACAGCUGGCAUUAAAACCCCAAGCUAUACCUUACUCUAAAGCAAACAAUUAUGUCCACUAUGAACAUUUUAAAUCUGACCAGUAUACUACUAUGUGCCAAGAUCCUAAUAGCCUUAGUAAGCCUAGUAUUGUACAAAAUAAGCAAGGCAGAGAAGCUUUCACUUUAAAACAGUUUUUUGGUAAGCCAGAAGAACACCAGUUGGCCUUCAACAUGGAAAAUGGAGAAACAAGACCUUUUCUGGGUUGCAUCCCCAGAGUUGGAAUGGCCAUGCCUCAGAGCAACCUGCUGGAUCUUAAGAAUUCUUUUUCAAAAACUGGUGCACGAAAACGUUUCCAUAAAUCAAUUCUAGAUGAUCACAAAGACCUCAGAGAUAAGGAACAUUCAGGAAUGAAGCACCAAUUCUAUGGCCAUAAUUCCUAUUAUUUCUAUAACUGA